AUGGCGAAUCCAAAACGAACGAAACGACAAAACUGCGACUGUACGCCUGGCGAAGCUCCGAAAUGUGGUUGUCAGGUAAUGCCGACCCCAGAGCUCGGUGGAGGACAAAUGAUUUGCACAUGCUCACCACCAGUACCUCCUAAAUGUAUAUGCACUGAAGGGAAUGUGAGAAACAUAAUCACUGGACCAUCUCUUCCCGGACUCUUCAAGCCAUACAACUGCGUGUCGACUUGUGAGAGCUCGUGCCUUGAUUCUUGUAACAAGUUGAAUUUUAAUAUGAAAUGCGGACAAGUUUGUAACGAAGCAUGCGAAUUCACUUGUGCCAAACAGGGAACCACACCCGCACCAACCACCACUCAAGCACCUGCCACGACUGUAAUGAUCCCACUUCCAUCACAUAUUCAGGAAUAUCGAUUUGUGAUUCCUGCAGGAUCAUUGCAAACAAAACCAACGACAACUACCACUCCAGCUCCAGUUAUUUUGAGUCAGAAGAUUCAGAUCACCUGUCCAAUGGAAUGCCAACCAGCAUGCAGCUUCGUGUGCACCAAAUUGCGUCCAACACUGAAAGUGAUCACCCAAAUGUUUGACUCGAAAACCGAUGAAACUACAUGUAGAACGAGUUGUAGCAGCGCUUGUCUUUCAGUUUGCGCCUCUUCUGGAGUUCCUGGCACCGAAUGCCAAUCGAAUUGCGCGCCAGCCUGUGAGGACACUUGUACUAUUGUGAAGCCGGUCGCCGUCGCCACCACUCAAAUUCAGCCGACGUCAUCGACGGGCGGUCAGUGUGUGUCGGUUUGUAUGCCAGCUUGCACACAACAAUGCAUGUUUACUGUACAGAUGCAAAUCGCCCUGUCCCAAGUCACAAAUCCUCCACAGACCACUGAAAAACCUGCUCAAGCUGUGCUGAUCCCUAUUGGAGCAGUUCCAAUCAUUGUUCCAGAUACUACCACAACUACGCCAGCACCAGCAGUGAUCACACUAGGAACGAUUUGUAGGAACGAGUGCUUGGUCCAAUGUGAACACCAAUGUCUUCCAAAUAACCCAAAUUGUAUGGCUGCGUGUCAAACAACGUGUUAUCCAGUAUGUCAAUCGAAAAUGCGACGCCGAAUGAAGGAAACGAAAACCGAACGAAUCGGUGAAGACUUUGCUCAUCGCCAAUAA